UCAACAUAUUUUCCCAUAUCAACCUAUAUUAACCUACCCACCAGCUAAGCACAAUCUUGCGUCAAAGAAGGCAUGGCUGACAGGGGACACCAUCCACCCGGUGAUCAUGGACAUCAUGGAGGGCAUCAUGGCCCUGGUGGAGGAGGCCCAGGGCAUCAAGGUCCUGGUGGAGGAGGCCCAGGGCAUCAAGGUCCUGGUGGAGGAGGCCCAGGGCAUCAAGGUCCUGGUGGCCCAGGGCAUCAAGGUCCUGGUGGAGGCCACGGCGGACACCAUGGGGGUGGACCUGACCACGGACAUGGUCCAGGAGGCGGAGGCCCUGGCGGUGGUCAUGGUCAUGGUGGUGAUCAUGGUCAUGGAGGCGGAGGCCCUGGCGGUCAUGGUCAUGGAGGCGAUCAUGGUCAUGGUGGCGGCCAUGGCGGACCUGGCGGACAUGGUCACGGUGGACGCUGUUAAACAGUCUCCACCAACAUAUCCCUAUCAUCGCCUUUGGAAAACACUACCAUAUCUAGUAUUUAUUUACAGGAAGUAUGGCAGUGUUUUAGUACUACUAUUUGCCUAAGUGUGGUUAUCAUGUAAUGUAAUUAAAGUCGACCUUCUGGAUUUAGCUUGAGUGUUUUAUUAUAUGAUCGAGAAGUUGCGUUGUCUGAAUGUUAGUUUGGCAAAAAAUAAAAGGCGGUGGCUGAAAAUUUGGUCUUUACAGAUGGGCUUGCAGUCAUUUGAAAGUUGGGUAGAAAUGGGUUAUUAUUAGGUUAAAAUAUCAAUUUCGUCCCUGAACUUUUAGAUUUGUACCAAAACGUAUCCUUAAACUUCAAAAGUAGUAAAAUUGUUCUUAAACU